CAAUUUCUAUUUUCAAGUCUCUUUCAUAUUGUUGUAUUAUAUUUCAGUGUAAUUACAAGAGAGCAAGCUCCCUCUCUUUAUAGAGAGGAGAGGGAGACAAUUAGCAUCGGAUGCCUGGAAUUUACAUUGAGAGAAGCUAAAGCUAAAGUGAAGUUCUCUUCUUUACAGCUACACAUUGUAGCCUUUACAGAUGCAAGGUUACAGCUAUACAUGGUAGUGGUAGUGGGGGAUAUAUUAUAUGUAUAUUAUAUGUUAACAGCCCCCCGCAAACUCAAGGAGGGUAGGCAUCGACCAAGUUGAGUUUGGAAACAAGAUCACGAAAGCGCCCAGGAGAAUGAGCCUUGGUGAAGAUAUGUUAAUCAGUUUCCUCACACCGCCACUGCUGCUGCUGCCGCUGAGGGUUCUUCUGAGUCUCCGGCUCCGUCUACCAACCUAUCAUUUGGAGUCACCAAGCUCAACAUUUUUUUUUUUGGGACUGAAAGUUGGUGUUGUUGUAUUAUAUUUCAGUGUAAUUACAAGAGAGCAAGCUCCCUCUCUUUAUAGAGAGGAGAGGGAGACAAUUAGCAUCGGAUGCCUGGAAUUUACAUUGAGAGAAGCUAAAGCUAAAGUGAAGUUCUCUUCUUUACAGCUACACAUUGUAGCCUUUACAGAUGCAAGGUUACAGCUAUACAUGGAGAGGAUUCGGGUGGGCGAAGAACUUCUUGAUGCGAAGCGAAUUGAGGAAGAAAAUGAAAGAAAAUGUGUGGUGGCCUCGCGGAAAGCUGAGAAAGAGGAAGAGAAAAGAGCUAGGGAGAAAAUUCGACAAAAAUUGGAAGAGGAUAAGGCAGAAAGAAGGAGAAAGCUUGGAUUGCCACCAGAAGAUCCUGUUGCUGCAAAACCUUCGGCACCUGCUGUGGAGGAAAAGAAGAGCUUAGUGCCAGUCAGGCCUGCCACGAAGGCAGAACAAAUGAGAGAGUGCUUACGUUCUCUCAAGCAGAACCAUAAGGACAAUGAGGCCAAAGUAAAGAUGGCAUUUAAUACUCUUCUGACUUAUGCAAGGAAUGUUGCAACAAAUACCAAUGAGGAGAAAUUCCGAAAAAUUAGACUCAGUAAUGCCACCUUCCAGGCUAGAGUUGGUGCGUUGAAAGGUGGCAUCAAGUUUCUUGAGUUGUGUGGGUUUAAGAAAAUUGAUGGCGGUGAGUUCUUGUUUCUACCCAGAGACAAAGUUGAUAUGGCAGUGCUGAACUCCGCUGGCACUGAACUGAAUAGUGCAAUAAACAAUCCCUUCUUUGGUGUUCUCUAAUCCCAUAAUUUUUAGGUUGAAAACACACACUGUAGAGAAGAUGGUUGUUUUAAAUACCUCCUUAUAAUUCAAUUGGAAUGCACUGGGAAUUUCUUGUUUUGCUGUAAUUACAAGAAAUUAGGGUCGUUUAUAACUUCAUAUGUGGAUGGAAAUGGGGAAAAGCUAUUAUGAACUUAUAUUGGAGCAAGGAUCUCUCUCUCUCUCCCCUAUGGUCUUUGCAUUAGUUUAUAUAUUUGCCAGAUGUAGUGGAUGAUUUGUUUGGUGGUUGUUAAGCUUCUUCCAUAA